AUCACGUGAGCCGGUUCCAAGAUGGCGGCGGGGGUGGCCGGGUGGGGGGUUGAGGCAGAGGAGUUCGAGGAUGCCCCUGAUGUGGAGCCGCUGGAGCCCACGCUUAGCAACAUCAUCGAGCAGCGCAGCCUUAAGUGGAUCUUCGUCGGGGGCAAGGGUGGUGUUGGAAAGACCACCUGCAGCUGCAGCUUAGCAGUCCAGCUAUCCAAGGGGCGGGAGAGUGUUCUGAUCAUCUCCACUGACCCAGCCCACAAUAUCUCCGAUGCAUUUGACCAGAAGUUCUCCAAGGUGCCUACCAAGGUCAAAGGCUAUGACAACCUCUUCGCCAUGGAGAUUGACCCCAGCCUGGGUGUGGCGGAGCUGCCGGACGAGUUCUUUGAGGAGGACAACAUGCUGAGCAUGGGCAAGAAGAUGAUGCAGGAAGCCAUGAGCGCCUUCCCAGGCAUCGACGAGGCCAUGAGCUAUGCAGAGGUCAUGAGGCUGGUGAAGGGCAUGAACUUCUCCGUGGUGGUGUUCGACACAGCACCCACAGGCCACACGCUAAGACUGCUCAACUUCCCCACCAUCGUCGAGCGGGGACUAGGCCGCCUCAUGCAGAUCAAGAACCAGAUCAGCCCCUUCAUCUCACAGAUGUGCAACAUGCUGGGCCUCGGGGACAUGAACGCAGACCAGCUGGCCUCCAAGCUGGAGGAGACGCUGCCUGUCAUCCGCUCUGUCAGCGAGCAGUUCAAGGACCCUGAGCAAACCACCUUCAUCUGUGUGUGCAUUGCUGAGUUCCUGUCCCUGUAUGAAACGGAGCGGCUGAUCCAGGAGCUGGCCAAGUGCAAGAUCGACACGCACAACAUCAUUGUCAACCAACUCGUCUUCCCUGAUCCCGAGAAGCCCUGCAAGAUGUGUGAGGCCCGCCACAAGAUCCAGGCCAAGUACCUGGACCAGAUGGAGGACCUAUAUGAAGAUUUCCACAUUGUGAAGCUGCCACUGCUGCCCCAUGAGGUUCGGGGGGCGGACAAGGUCAACACCUUCUCUGCUCUUCUCCUGGAGCCCUACAAGCCCCCCAGUGCCCAGUAGCACCACCACCAGCCCCAGCUGCUGCCAUUUUACUCACCCGCCACCCGCCGGGGCAGAGUUUGCACAAAGUUCCUCCAUAAUACAGGGGAACCACUUGGGGGAAGGGAGGCGGGGAGGGGGUCUUUUCCCCCUGGUGGGGCUGGGGGAGCUGUAGCUGCCCCCGCACCUCUCCCCGCCUCUCCUCCCUCAAUAAAAUGAUCUUAAACUAC